CUUACCAGUAUAUAAGUAUCCUUGUCCACUACUGCCGCCCACAUUCUACCGGCCCGCCCUUCUCGGGCCCCAAGCCUUCGAGUUCAACCCUCAAACUCUGCAAGAACAACAUACAACCGAUUUCUCAUUUCAAGAUGCCACCAACUACCGCCACAUCCCAAGAGACCCAGGAGGGUUUGAUAAUCGAACAGUUGAGAUCGAUGGGCGUCGAGAAUCCCGAAGUUGCUGCCCAAGCAUUUCUUGAACAUGUCAGUUCCACAAUCAAUUCAAUUACUCUACUAUUGCUUGCCGUGGAGCUGAUGCAAUUUUGUAUAUGAAGAUGCGUCAAACAGGUCAACCGCUUGAGCCAACUGUCUCCACUGCUCCCACAGCUCCAAACCCCGCAUCCACGGAAUUACCUGGUCCCAGCAUCAUUGAAGCAUUGUAUUGCACAGACACAUCACGAAUUUCACCUUCUCCCCAAGCCAAUCAAUUCCUCCAUCUAGGCCCUUCAGCCAGUCUUCUCACAAGAUUUGGUCAAUCAAUUGAUCCAAGAUAUAGAGAUGUCAAGCCAGUCCGUCUUUCAUAUCGAUCCCAAACCUCGACUGUCUACAUUCGUCCUGACGUUGACAUAUUAUAUUUGCCUGAUAUGCACAAUCUUGAUGGCUUCCAAUUGAUACACGACACUGGCAAUAAGAACGCGAUCAAGACCAUCGCCAUCAAUCCUCUCUACAUCUUGGGAAUGACCAGAAAUAGUGUGAUGUAUCAUGUGACUACUCUUCCAAAUCUCAAAAAGAUAUAUGUCGUUGAAGGCCCUUCAAGCGGUCAUGAAUGGUUGGAUAUUGACCGGUCAGUCAACUGGGAUAUUAGGUUCGUCGACUUGCCAGUGGGGAACAUGAACCACAACGUCGUCCGCCGUACAAUACCGGGUAUGCGGAUAUGAUAAGAGCGAAGUGGAAUCAUAUCAUGGCACCCGAGAUCGCAGCAAGAAGAGCUCCAGAGUUGAUCUUAAAGUUCGUUGAAAGGGAGAAUCUUGAUGAUUCCUCGGCGAAUAUGGUUAGGAUUCUUGAUAACAACCCUGCGCCUGAAAGGGUCGUGAUUGAUGGAAGGGAGGCUAUGAGACAUGAGAUUACUUUUGAGUAUUAA